GUUAAGGCUGAACUGAAAGUUGACGGCAGACCUGAUCGGAGCCUGAACUCGCAUGACGGAAAUGGAGUCUGGAGCCUCACCCUAAGGGCUCCCCAUUUGCAAAGGAUGAGCUGUGGAAAAUCAAACAAGUCGCAUGACAGAGUGGAGCGAAAUAGACACUGCUCAGCGAUGACUCUGCAGUGGACUGCUGUUGCAAGCUUUCUCUACGCAGAAAUCGUUGUCCUCCUUAUCUUAUGCCUGCCCUUUAUAUCACCUCACAGAUGGCGAAAAAUUUUCAACUUUAACAUAUGGAACAGAAUUGCUCCUUAUUGGAACAAAGGCUUCCUGACCAUGAUAAUAAUACUGAUUGUUUUAUUCCUUGAUGCUGUACGGGAAGUACGGAAGUACUCGGGCAAGGAAAGCGGCACCGGCGAGAAGCUCAACCCUAACGCGUUUGACCACCUGCACAUGAAGCUCUUUCGGGCUCAGAGGAACCUCUACAUCUCCGGCUUCUCCCUCUUCCUGUGGCUUAUCGUGCGGCGUGUCGUCACCCUGAUUAAUCAGCUGGCCGUCGCGCUGGGCACCGGAGCCGCCUUGCAGACUCAGGUGGAUGGGGCCAAUGAGGCGGCCAAGAGGUACAUGGAGGACAACGAGCAGCUGAAACAGGCAUUAAGGGAAGGGAGGACGAAGACUGCACAUGGCAACGAGGGCCUGAAGAGAGAUGUAGACAAGCUGACGAAGGAACUGAGGACUGCUGAGGAUGCUCUGAGGAGGUCACACGCCGAGGUUGAUGCCAUGAGGAGGCAGAUGGAGAUGCUCAACAAGGAGUACGACCGUCUUCUGAGAGAGCACCAGGAGCUCCAGAAUUCUCAACCGGGGACUGAAGAUAAAAAGGAUCAGUAGAUGUGUAGAUUUGCGGACUGCGAGCGGAAGAGGAAAAGGCGCUUCAGUGAGCUGUCGUAAGGCUGCCGAGAGGGUGCCCUAUGAAGAACUGCUCAUGCGUCGUGAACGCGGAGAGAAAGAAGUCAUAUCCAGGCAGCCUGUAGCUCAGAAGCCACCAGAUGGUGCUAUUAAUAAUUAAAAAUUGAAAAUGUGUGAUCUGGUAGAAGGAGAGCCAACUGUAAGUUUGUGUGCAUGUGAGUAAGAGUUUCAUCGAAUGAGAUUUGCUCGGAGGAAACCUGCAAACCCAGCGUGAUCUGGGGCCUUCUGCAAUAAUUUGGAACUUUUAAUUAUAAUGUUGUUUCCACUUUUUGCAUGUUACAGUGUAAGUUCACCAUUUAGCUAUAUGCUGCAGUAUUGGAAAAUUCAGUUAAAACUUGAGUCGCAAGCAGUGAAUGUGCACUGUGAUAACAUGAAUGCAUUUUAUCAGGGUGAUACAGCUAAAAAGUGUUUUGUUUGAAAUUUCACUUGUGAAAAUUUUUUUGUUUUGCCAGUAUACCUUCACAUUACUUUUAAGAGAAUGUCACAAAUUGUGUAUAAUUUACCUUUAUUGACAGGUGUAAUUUUAUUUUGAGGUUGAUUUUUUUUUUUUUUUUUUUUUUUUUGGUCUUUUUAUGUGAUAUUAACCUCCACCCCUGCACCUUCGAAGCUUUUAUGAUUACGCUUAAUAGCUGGUUCAAAUUUAAAUUUGACUUACAAACACUUCAGUUACUUUGCUGAUUUGACAAUAUAUUAAAAGAAGCACAAAGCGCAGCGCUUGAAGUCUAGAAUUGUCCACCUACAUUAUGAUUUCUACAGCUUUGUCUAUGUAGCACAUGGACAAUCCAUCUACAUGUUUAUUCUAGGGAGACAGAGCUCCACAUCUGUCCGCUGAAUGCUGUUGGUAUUUGUAUUUGUGGGAGAAAAAAUACAGCUUGGACUGAGCUCCCAAGUGCCUUUGAUAUAUACGUUAACAGUCUGUGCUGCUACACAAUUUUCUGAACUGUGACAUUGAUGCCUGUGGCUUUUUCUAAGUAUUUUAUGGUUAUAUAAUUGCGGUAAAUCAAAGGUAGUAUAAAUAAAAAUGAAACU